AGCCCGCGCGUCGCUGAGGCCGGGCGCCGUCGUCGCAGCGGUGGCCGCGGGUGAGGAAGGCAGAGGAGAUGACCGUGACAAGCUGUGACAUCCCACGGCCCUGAGCUGUGUGUUGCCCUGACCUCGGGAGGGCUCCAAAAGUGAUGCCCAACAUGAAGCUGCUGCGGAGACGCUACAGCCCGCUGAAGGUGGCCCUGGUGGGUGUCGUUUUUGUCAUCUGCCUCUUCAUCAUGCAGAAGGACGUCGGGAGCAGAGACUCCAGUGAGGAGCCCUGGCUCAAAAACAUUGUCAACGGGAAGGACCAAGUCAUCGAUCUGAUGAUGGGGGCAGUGAACAACAUUCGAGACUCAAUGCCGAAGCUUCAGAUCCGGGCUCCGGUUCAGCAAGAGGCUCCUUCGCAGAGCACCAAGUCCUGCCUGCCCGGCUACUACACGGCCGCGGAGCUGAGGCCGCUCAUGGAGCGGCCACCCCAGGACCCCAACAGCCCCGGGGCCGACGGCAAAGCCUUCAAGAAGGAGCAGUGGAGCCCGGAGGAGAGCAAGGAGAAGGAGCGCGGCUACGAGAAGCACUGCUUCAACGCCUUCGCCAGCGACCGCAUCUCCCUGCAGCGAGCCCUGGGCCCCGACAGCCGCCCGCCCGAGUGCAUCGACCAGAAGUUCAAGCGCUGCCCUCCGCUGCCCACCACCAGUGUGGUCAUCGUCUUCCACAACGAGGCCUGGUCCACGCUGUUGCGCACAGUCUACAGCGUCCUGCACGCCUCGCCCGCCGUACUGCUCCGCGAGAUCAUCCUCGUGGACGACGCCAGCACCGACGACUACUUGAAGGAUGAGCUGGAUCGCUACGUGAAGCAGCUGCAGAUCGUGAGGGUCGUGCGGCAGAAGGAGAGGAAAGGGCUGAUCACGGCGCGGCUGCUCGGGGCCAGCGUGGCGAGCGGAGAGGUGCUCACCUUCCUGGACGCGCACUGCGAGUGCUUCCACGGCUGGCUGGAGCCCCUGCUGUCCCGCAUCGCGGAGGAGCCCACGGCAGUUGUGAGCCCCGACAUCACCACCAUCGACCUCAACACCUUCGAGUUCUCCAGGCCCGUCCAGUACGGCAAGCAGCACAGCCGGGGCAACUUUGACUGGAGCCUGACAUUUGGCUGGGAAGCCAUCCCACUCCGGGAGAAGCAGCGGAGGAAGGAUGAGACCUUCCCCAUCAAGUCGCCAACCUUCGCCGGUGGGCUCUUCGCAAUUUCCAGGUCCUACUUUGAGUAUAUUGGCUCUUACGACGAUCAGAUGGAGAUCUGGGGAGGAGAGAAUGUGGAAAUGUCCUUCAGGGUCUGGCAGUGUGGCGGCCAACUCGAGAUCAUCCCCUGCUCCGUGGUCGGACACGUCUUCCGCUCCAAGAGCCCCCACACCUUCCCCAAGGGGACGCAGGUGAUUUCCAGGAACCAGGUUCGCUUGGCCGAGGUCUGGAUGGACGACUACAAGGAGAUUUUCUACAGAAGAAACCAGCAGGCSUCGCAGAUGGCCAGAGAGAAAACGUAUGGUGACAUUACAGAACGGCGCAGGCUGAGGGAGCGGCUACACUGCAAGAACUUCACCUGGUACCUAGAAACCAUCUAUCCAGAGAUGUUCAUCCCUGACUUGGCUCCAACAUUUUAUGGAGCAAUAAAAAACGAGGGAACAAAGAGCUGCCUGGAUGUCGGGGAAAACAACCACGGUGGGAAACCGCUCAUCAUGUACCCGUGCCAUGGGAUGGGAGGCAACCAGUAUUUCGAGUACACGACCCAGAGGGACCUACGGCACAACAUCGGCAAGCAGCUCUGCCUGCGCUCUGCCUUCGGGCCCGUGGAGCUGGGCGACUGCCAAUACAAAGGGAAGAACACACGGGUGCCCCCGAACGAGGAGUGGGACCUGACGCAGGACCGUCUGAUUAAAAACACGGCCUCCAACAUGUGCUUGUCAGCGAGGGGGAAGCACCCGCUGAUGGCUCCCUGCAACGCGCUCGAUUCCCAUCAGCAGUGGUUCUUUACCUAGCAGCAGAGGCAGCGAGCCCUGGCGAUCCCAAACUGCACUCAGGAAACCAGAAUCCAAAAUCCAAAACUUUCUCCCUUCUUCAGGGUUUUUUUUUCUUCCUCUUUAAUUUAAAAGAAGCAAAAGCCUUAAAUAUGCUGCAGUUCACAUUUGUCUUGAAUUCAGUCCUGUGCCUUUUGAGGGAUCAAAUGCUGGAAUAUGCAGAGAAGAUUAUUUUGUGGUCUCACUCUUUUUCUGAAGCAAAGCAAGAGGAAAAAAGGGAACAAAAAGGGGGGAAAAAAACUCCCACUUGCAGCCAAGUGUCACAUCUAGAACUCAUCCAAAGCCCAAGUGCCUGGACCUGGCUGUGCCAGAGCAACUCGGGGACAAGUGGCCCUAGUUGCUUGACCUCAUUGCAACCYAGGGAACAGAUUUUGACCAGCAAUUACCUGAGGAGCCUGAAAAGAAGACAGCWGCACUGACUGGAAACAGCCAGCUGCUUGUCCUUCCCUACCAMUACCUGCUUGGCAAACUCCAUAGAAAGCAGCUCUGUGUUUUUUAAAAUCCAGUCGUGCCGCCCCACGAUGUCACUGCUGCCCUGCAUGUGAAACUCGCCCAGGAACCUCCUGCCAGCAGGAUGGGGAGCACGAGCUGUUUGCGCUGCAUACAGAGGGACCGGCUGCAAGCCUGGCCCAGCACAAGCAGUGAAUCAGCGUUUGACUUGGCCCUUGCAUGGGCCAGGCCCAUGAGCAGCCAGUGCCAACGGCAGCGCCGCCACAGCGGGAAAAGGGCCGAAGUCGCCGCGUCCAGGAAGCACCAGGAGGUGCAGGACGACUCCAAGGACAGUGACGAGCCGGGACGCAGCUCAUCCCAGCUGUAGCCCUGCAAGCUCCUCCUUUCCAGGAAGGGAAAGGGGCUAGGGCUGCCCUGAGCCCGGCUGCCUCGGAUUUCAGGCUUGGUUUUGGAGCAGCUUGAUUACUUUUUUAAUCGUUUUUCUUUUGAUGGGGUUCUGUUUGUCCUUGUAUUGAUUUAAAAGACAUUGAGCGCUGCUCAGGGGCCGGUACGAGGGGACCUGCCAGUCCCCAUGACCCAAAUUUGGGCCAUCUGUGAGAGCACCAGAGUCAGCACUCACGUUCUGGCUCUUGCCUUGGCCAGGACUGGCAGCCACCACAGUGUCUUCCAGGGCCUUGAGGAGCCUGACUGUGAAACCUCCUCUCCUUUCUCUCUAUUUGUUUAAACCUGACUACUGUAGUUUACACURUUUUGUUUGCAAGUCUUCCC